AUGCGUAAAAGCGGAUUCUUUAGGGCGGUCGGUAACCGUUUUGCCGCUUUCGGGGCUGCUGGCGCUGCUAGCAACCGCGCCGGAAGCGCGCUCGCGCGCGGACAUACGUCCGGUAGCGAACCGAAAGCGAAAACUAUAAAUAGGCCUUUUUUACCGCAACCUUUUGGGGCCGCCGCGUUAUCGCUAGCAAUCCGCCCCCGGACCGUUAUUUUCGAAAUUUUUAAAAGUACGGAAAUAAACCAAAUCCAGCAGCAAAAAUAUUAUACCAAUUAG